AUGGGGUGUCUAUGGUUACCUUUGAAGCAUCUGGGACUUCCAUUGGGGGCCAAUCCUAGUAGGAGAUUGACUUGGAGGUCGAUUGUGGAGAAUUUCAAAAAGUUAUCUGGGUGGAAGAGAAGAGUAUUGUCAUUUCCUAGUAGGGUUACACUCAUUAAGUCUGCAUUGUCUGCUUUACCAGUAUAUUACAUAUCUCUUUUUAAAAUGCCAGAGUGUGUUGCAAAAGAGAUUGACAGGAUUCAAGCAUCAUUUUUAUGGGAUGUCUCGGAGCAUAACAGGAAGCUCCAUCUAAUUAGGUAUGGUCAGGAAGAUAAGGCACUGUGGGAACUGGUUAUUUGUGAUAAGUAUGGCUCUGUUAAGGGAAGAUGGUAUCCUGAUCAGGAUGCUCAUGGUCCUAUAUCUCAGAUUUGGAAAGAUAUAUUAUCAUUGGUUAAUGAUAAAAAGAUUUCAUUGAGUAUACAAGUAACUAGAAGAUCUAGUCAAUCUGGGUGGGGUUUCAAUUUUAGAAGAGCACUUCAGGCUUGGAAAGAAGAUGAGUUGGUCAUAUUAAUCACUGCUUUGGGGACUGGCCCUGUUUUAAGAAGUGAUUCAGUUGAUUGCUUCGGGUGGAAGUCUUCACGGUCAGGUAUAUUCCAGGUUAAUCUUGUUUAUGCUUGGGGAUUGAUUAAUGAUGGUCCCAGUCACAAAUCAGUUGAUCUAAUAUAG